AUGAAAUUAGAUCUGGGGCACAUGCGUUACUUGACCGCAGAUGAUUUUCGAGUCCUGAAGGCUGUCGAACAGGGCUCGAAAAAUCAUGAAGUGGUUCCAACUGAAAUGAUACACCACCUAUCGGGAUUGAGAGGUGUAUCUGGUACGAACAGAGCUAUUAGUGACCUAGCGAAGGUCAAAUUGAUCUCAAAGGUUAGAAAUGCCAAAUACGAUGGUUACAAACUGACUUAUAAUGGAUUCGACUUUCUGGCAAUAAAGGCAAUGCUUAAUAAGGACUCUGUAUAUUCAUUUGGUAACACCAUUGGUGUGGGUAAAGAGUCCGAUAUUUACCAAGUCAGCGACAAAGAAGGCGUCAAAAAAGUGAUGAAGAUUCAUAGACUAGGAAGAACAUCUUUUCAUACAGUUAAGAAUAAUAGAGAUUACUUGAAAAACUCUAGACAAGGUACGAACUGGAUGAAACUUUCUUUAUUGGCUGCCUGUAAAGAAUAUGAGUUCAUGUCUCUUCUACACUCCAGCGGUUUCGUUGUACCAAAGCCGUAUGACUACUCGCGUCACAUUAUCCUGAUGGAGUACAUAGAUGGGCUGCUGAUGAAAAACCUUAGAAAGCACAAAAACAUACCAAAACUUUACAGUGAUCUAAUGUGCUUUGCUGUGCAUCUUGCUAAUAGCGGUCUGAUUCAUUGUGAUUUUAACGAAUUCAACAUUAUUAUCAAGAACGAAGAGCAAAUAAAUGAUCCAGAAGAUUGUGGAUUUAUCGUUAUCGAUUUUCCGCAGUGUGUUUCCAUUCAACACAAAGAUGCCGAAUUUUAUUUUCGAAGAGAUAUUGACUGUAUUCGCAGAUUCUUCAAGAAGAAAUUGAAAUAUGAACCAAAGCAAGAUGUAUCAAUGUUAGAUACUGACGGUUUCGGUGAAGGUUACAAAUAUGCAUAUCCCGAAUUUCUCAGAGAUGUUAAAAGAACCGGUAACUUGGAUGAACUUAUCCAGGCUUCUGGUUUCAACAAAAAACAUCCCGGUGAUAGAGAUUUGGAAGAGGCUGUGGAAGGCAUGAGAAACACGGAGUAUUAUUCUGAUGGUGAGGAAUCACGGGAUGAAGAAGAGGAAGGUGAUGAUGAUGAUGAUGAUUACUAUUAUUCUGAAGAUGAUGAUGAAGACGAGGAAGACGAUGAUUUCGACAGCCUGGAAGAAGAAAAUGAACGUAUUAUUGAGGCACUAUCAGCCGGAGUUGGUAAUUUGAAAAUGGAUAAACUAGGCAAUUAUAUUUUGGACGAAUGA